UGUAAACUAAACCACUAAAGUGUACUAAAUUGUGUUCUGUGCUCGUAUUUUGGGACGAAGAAAACUCGAAGAGAGGGAAGACGCUGAAAUCUUUAAUUUAUUUUAUGUAGUCGUGUGUUUUAUUGAUUGUAUUUCGCAUUUACUGAACAUAAUCUAUCGUUGGAGACACGCCGGAGAUGACAAAUAAUAAGGAUAGAAAAUUUGUGUCACAUCAAUUCGCCUAUUCGUUUAAACUCACUUCGAAGAAUAACAUAUAAAGCUUCAGUCGAUUCUGUGUUAAAAGUACGUGGAUGGAUGGAUCGCCUUAGCAAGUAUUAAUUAUUUGAAGCUCCGUGACAUUCAUUCAUCUGUAUUGAGAAAAAACUGCAAAACACAUUCAAAGGACUGAUAUGGCAUCGGAGAAAUCUGAAAAAGAGAAUAAAGUAAACGUAAACAGAGCGAGUCGAAACAAAAGUGAGAAAGAUCGGCGGGACAAAGUAAAUGCGUUCAUCAGUGAACUGGCUAGUUUGGUCCCAGGAUGCUUACCAGAGUCUAAAAAGCUAGAUAAAGCAACUAUACUCAAAAAUACAGUUGAUUUUAUGAAAGUUCAUAAUGAUUUAACGGUGGCAAUCACGCGUAAAGACACAACAUGUUAUCUUAACAGCAAUGAACUUGGACAAUUAAUGCUUGAGGGAUGUCGUGCUUUUCUGUUCGCAAUAUCACUUUCUGGGAAUUUCACGUUCUUGUCUGAGAGUGUAUAUGAUCUACUGGGCUAUACGAAGGAUGAUCUAAUUGAGAAGAACAUGUUUGAUUAUCUAUGUCCUGAGGAUAAGCUUAUUUUGCUGAAGGAAAUUUCCCGCGGCAGUAAGACAGGAGUUGCAAGAAACUCGGGAACGUCAUCAUUCUUCAUCCGAUUUAAAACAAAAUAUUCUGAUAAACCGUUGUUCGAGACUUUGCAUUGCUGUGGAAAUUUUAGAAUAAUUAAAGAAGAAGUGAAAUCAAAAAACGAUGGGAGCACUGUUGUGAAUUCAAAUGAAACAUGUUUUGUGGCCUUGGCAAGUCUCGUUCAAACAAACAGCGAACUUGAUAUCACCAGUUCGCUCAAUGUCGAUGUCGAAUUCACGUCAAGGCAAAGUCUUGAUGGAAAGUUCCUGUAUUUAGAUCCAAGGUGCAUACCUAUCACAGGUUAUCUUCCGUACGAGAUUCUUGGAUCAAUGAUAUAUGAGUUUAUUCAUUUUGAUGAUCUGGAAAAUAUUAGCCUCUGUUUUGGAGCACUGCUUGAAGAUGGCGAAGGUGAAACUGAGGAUUAUCGUCUUCUAACCAAGGGUUCUCAAUGGAUAGUUGUCAAGACAAGCAGUUACAUUUCUUACAAUCAUUGGAAUUCCAAACCAGAAUUUAUUUGCAGCACCCACCAUUUGGUUAGCGGGGGUAGAAUGAAGAUUGAUGAAAAUUCAAAUUUUGAAGAAAGUGCGGAUGGAUCAGAUCGUGACUUGGCAUGGACUAAAUCCCCUGAACAUCGUCAAAGUAGUGUUCCUUCAGAACAAACAACGUCGAACGCAUUGUUAAAGAACAACACAGUACCUGACGUCAACAAUACGCCCAACUCGACACUCGCAAGUAGUUCCCAGGCCAACACACGUACGAGUCUUUACUCCACAUUACAAACAGCUGCCACACUGGAGAGGAAUAAUGAAGGCUACUCACAAAAUAGCGCGCAGCAGAAGAAAUCAUCGUCUCAAGCCUCGUCACAAAGUAAAGAUGAAAUUUCACAGCGGAAACGCGCGGAAUUUUACAUAGAUCCAAACUCAAUUCCUAUGUCACCUAAUUCCUGCGAAUUUUCGCAUGAAGUGGCGUCAAGUACCUUAGAUAAGAAUCGACAAUCCCUUUCGACGUAUUGGUCAGGACAAAGUUCAUCUGAAAAUGCUGGAAUGAAUGGCCGAUUUGAAAAUCCUUUAGCUGCCAAAACUCAAUCCCAACAGAAUGCCGAAUGGCAUACCUGCUCCCUUCCUAACUCUAACAGAUACGCACAGUCCCCCAGAACUUCACAGGGAUUAACGGGAGCAGGUUAUCAGAUAUCUAAUCAGUACCCACAUUUUUCGAAUGAAAACGCCCCGAACGUCUUGCAAACCACCGCUGGACAUCCACAACAAUCCUUGGACCGCGAUUUCACAACGCCGAGUCCUCAAAUGUCCCAUGGAUAUUUUCCAUCAUCGCCAGUGAACCCCGAGAGAAACUUUCAUCUUGGAAGACGUUCGUCGAGUUUUCUCUCAUCUUCCAGUCUUCCGCCAUCCAGUCCUGGUAGUGAGAAUUAUCCUUUAUCCCCGACCACCACCAAUGUUAUGUCUCCCCACAUUGAAACUGGUAGUCUUCAACCACCGUCCCCUGUGGUAUUUUCUGCUACCAAUGCAAUCCCUAGUCCAUCGCCAUCAUUGCUGUCACCAACAUCCCCCCAUCAUAGGAUGAUGCGAGGUUAUUCUACGCCAUAUCUAGCACAAUCCCCUCAUGUGCAGGAUAGAUAUCCCCAGUCGCCAAUACUCACCCCUGGGUCACCACGCUCAUCAUCACCUUUUACAUCCCCACCAACGCCUAACAAUUCCAGUCAAUCCUUAACUCCCUUAUUCCGCCUAUCACCUGCAAAUUCGCAAUUUAUUGUAAAAGGAACAAAUGAGGCAUUUCACUUAUCUGUAGCACCUUAUCCUGCUUCGUCAGUAGACGAAAGGUAUUCUCCACAAACUGGUUAUCCAAUAUCUGCUCGGUCAAGCCCUAGUUAUUCACAGUCAUCUUAUGAUUACCCAGAUAGAUCACCACAGGCGUCUACUACACCUAAGGAACGAUUUUUCCAAUCAAAUACGCCUUUUCAUUCGAUACCACAAGAUACAAACGAUAAUCCCAGAUCACCCGAAACAAAUUCGCUAAGGUCUCCUGUAUUGCAGCAUGUUGGUCAACAUGAUAGGGUCAAUGACCAAUUUGCAAUGAAAUCGAGUCAACUGGCUUCUCAUAACCAGAACCUGUUUCCUGUGCAAUCAAAUCAAGUAUAUUUACCUAGUAUAUACCAUCAGACACAGUUAAAAAAGUCUGCUGAGGGGUUAAAACCAUGCCAAAUAAAUAGUGACACACCUUGCAGAUCACCAACUUCCACGUCGCCCGGUAUAACGACGUUUGGUCGAGAUUACCAGGAGCAGUUUACAACCGGGAUAAAUAGAGAGGGUCGAGCAACGGCUGUCUUCACGCCAGCACGAUCUAGUAUAUUCCCUUUUCAACAUGAACCAGAAAACGACAAUAGAAUUCAAACUCAAGGACAAGCUAUAGAACUUCAAGACAAUACAUGCACUCGAUACUCGGAGAAACAAAGGGAUGAAACAUGUCCAGUAACCCAUGAGCAAGUUAUUGAUGGGAAGAAUUCUACUUUAAAUUCAAUGGCGCCAGCUAAAAGCUUCACGUACACUCAAGCCCAAAGAAUCCUCCAUAACCAGCUACUUGAGAAACAAGAUCAUCUUCAUGAUACCAUCCUGAAGCAAAAAGAGCAACUUGCUAGAAUACAGGAACAAAUUAUUCUCAAUGCGCAGGCUCAAUUCUCGUUACACGAAAUAGGUGGCCUGGAAUCUACUAAAGAAUUCCAACAACAAAUAAAUAAUCUGGAAGUUGAACGAGAGCAACACAAAGUCAGACAAAAGGAGCUAAAGACUGUGUUUUUAACAAAAACUUGGUGGUCUUACGUCGCAUGGACAUGAUGAACAAGUGCAUGCAAGUAGAAUAACGACUGAACAAAGAGAGGCGUCAUCGCUGUUGCAAAAGGUGGCAAGCGAUAGCUUAGGUAGCAACAAU